AUGUCCAAGCCACCGUCCCUCAACCCUCGAGGCCUCCAGUCUCGCCUCACCCACCUCAUCAACCACUGGCCAUCCGACCCCGUCCGCCCGGCCUCAGUCUCCGUCCAAUCUUACCUCCAAUCCCGUCUCCCACAGUCCUCCUCCAAUGCCCAGACACCCUCUUCCCAACCCGUCCCCGAGAUCUCCGAAUCCUCGCUAACAGCGCUGUCAUCACUGCUGGACAACCGCUUUGCGCGCCGGUAUCCGUUGUUGCCGCAGCUGCGACGGCCAGCAAGUAACCCAGACCACUACGACAAUGUGAUUCGCGAGUUCGAAGAGGCGCCGAACCGGGAUUGGCUUGGGCGGCUAAAGAAGCGGCUGGGCGGGUUGCUUCGGUUGACGUGA